GAAAUGUAGGAACAGGAAGAGGUCCUCCAGCUUAUUGAGCUAGUCCCACUAAUCUGCAGGAUCAUGGUUGAUCUUCUGUUUCAGCACCAUACUUCUCCUCUCUACACAUACCCCUGAUCCCUUUAGCUUCUCAAAUCUAUCCAUUUCUUCCUUACUCAGUGAAUGGCCUGGUGCUGUUGGUAGUGCAAGGAGGUAACUCUUGGGGGUGGAAUAUCCACCUCCUGGCUCAGCCAUGCAACAACUAAAUGACCCUUUGGAAAUCAACUCCAGUGGCAGGGUUCCUAUUACUAGUAGAUUGUUGGGAGUCCCAAUAGAUUUUGUAAUGGAUAAUGGUUUUGGGGUGGGUUUAGAGUUACUGCUGUGAUUUUAAAUUCUGCUUUGUUUUGCAGAGAUGGUGAUUUAGCUGAUACUGCUGCUCAUCCAUGGGAGGAAUAUAAAACAGAAUUGCAGUAUUGACUGAGCUGUCAUUGGUGAUUGCUUCACAAUGUUUUAACAGUUUCUAAAAACAAUUGUAGUUGAGGAUGAUCAUUAACCUGAAAUAAAUGAGUUUCCAACUGAGCCUUUUAUUUUGGGGGGGUUAGUGCAUUGUCAAAGAGCUCAUAGCACAGAACACUGAUGGUAACACAGAGGUUCUGAGUUUAAAUUCUGACAUGAUCACUCUGAAAGAUUCUUCAUCAUGGUGAAAGGUUGGGGUUGUUUUCUUUGAAACAGAGGCUGAGGGGAGUUUUAAUUCCACAGCAUAAUAUUAUGAUGGACAUCAGUGGAGUGGCUUAGAGGCAGAUUUCCCACCAGCCCUAAGGGUGACAGGGGCAGAAGCCCUCACAUUUGAGAAGCAUUAAGAUCUGCACCUGUGAUGCUAAAGCAUACAAGGUUAUGGCCACAGUGCUGGAAAAUGGGAUUAGAAUAAUUAGUGGUUGUUCUUGACUGGCAUAGAUUCAACGGGCCGAAGGGCCUUUCUUUUUUGGGCCGUAGACCACUAGACUCUGACCUGUCUCCUGUAGGAAAUAGGUCAAUUGGAGGCAUUGACUUAAAGCGCUUUGUGAAAGGAUUAAAAUAAGUUUCAGAAUUUGUUUUUCAUACAGAGGGUGAUGGGUGUCUGGCACUGAAAGGGCAAUGAAGGCAAGAUUCCCCAGUGUGUUUGGAAAAACACUUAGAUGUGCAUUGAAGCGGCAUAACCCACAGGGUCACAGUCAAGAACUGGAUGGUGCUUUUCUUCCCAUUUUAAUUGAAUUUCAUUUCCUGAAACACAGUUUCUCCUCCUCAGGUGUCUUAGCUGCUCACAAGAUUACAGCAAGUUCGCCAGACCAGGAUUUGCCCACUGUUGGAGGUCUGAGGAAACUUGGUGUCAAUUUCUCCCUGAGCAACAAGGAGACUGUUCAAAAGAGCGAUGUACUAUUUCUUGCUGUCAAGCCACCCAUUAUCCCCUUCGUACUGGAUGAAAUUGCUCCUGAUAUUGAAGACCGCCACUUGAUUGUGUCUUGUGCUGCUGGAGUCACCAUUAACUCCAUAGAGAAGAAACUGUCCUCUGUGCACCAAUUCCCGAAAGUGAUCCGCUUGAUGACCAACACCCCUGUGAUUGUACGAGAGGGGGCUACGGUGUAUGCCACAGGAACGCACGCAGAGGUCGAAGACGGGAACCUGUUGGAGCAACUGAUGGCCAGUGUCGGGUACUGUGUGGAGGUGGAGGAGGAUCUGAUUGAUGCAGUCACUGGGCUCAGUGGCAGUGGCCCUGCCUAUGCUUUCACAGCAAUAGAUGCUUUAGCAGAUGGUGGAGUGAAGAUGGGUCUCACUCGUAGGUUGGCUGUUCGACUUGGUGCUCAAGCAUUGCUGGGAGCAGCAAAGAUGCUGCUGGAGUCAGAACAGCACCCUGGGCAACUGAAAGAUAAUGUUUGUUCACCAGGUGGUGCAACCAUCCAUGCUAUACACUUCCUGGAGAGCGGGGGGUUCCGCAGUCUACUCAUCAAUGCUGUUGAGGCAUCAUGUGUGAGAACAAGGGAGCUGCAGUGUAUGGCUGACCAAGAGACCGUUUCCCCUGCUGCUAUCAAAAAGACCACCCUGGACAAGGUGAAACGGACUGCCUCAAAAGCUGGCAUCAGCCUCUUCAACAAUAAAUACCCUGGAAGCAAGAAAUUCUAAGUCCAGAAUGGUUACUGAAACUGACAUUUUAGGCAGGCGAGAAUGAAACCUGGGUAUUAUUACUAAUGGUUUGAUAUAUAUUCAAUGAAGAUCAGUGGUUUUGUUUUUGUAACAGCUGUCUACUGAUACUGAUUUUUAAAAUAUGAAGGUAAGCAUACAUACCAAGUUCUGUGGAGACCAAUGGUUGACUGUGCCGUCUUUGUGCAAAGUAAUAUUGGUUGUAAUUUUACAGCAGUCUGUUGCUCCCUUUUUUCUUUCCUUCUGAAUUAUUGUUCCCUAAUGCACAAAACCAAUAUUGAUUCUUUUUUGUAUGAAUUUUCCUGACAAGCAGCGCUUUCGCAUUGCUCUCUGCUUAGUCAAUUUUUUUUCUUCUCUCUUCGCCCCUUCCCCCACCCCUCUUUUCUUUUUCCCCCCAAUGCUGGCACUAGUCCUAUUAAUUCCAUCGAUUUCAAUUCUGCUAACAACUCAUUUUUUUUUUAAACCUGACUUUUGUUUUUCAAAAGGGCAUUUUUAAUACAAUGUCCCUAUAUACAAGAUCAACUACACUACCUUUAUCUGUUAUUGAAGAAAUGAAUCAGGUUUGUUGGACUGUUCAGAGUUGACUGUUAUUCAAGUGAAAACUAAUUGUGUCCUAGAAAUCAUUUUCAGGGAUCUAAACUUUAGCAGAAUGGCAGUGGAGAUUUCUCCAAAGAUGACUGGCAUUUUGUCCAGCUGAAUGAUGAUUCAGCAUAAUGCAGAAUGAAACUUGUACUUCAUUUGAUAUGAAACGUGAUCACGUCUUGAGAUUUAGUUUUCCUGUCCACGAUUGGCUAGGGGUGUCCCACCCUUCAUUCUCAGACCUCCUGGGAGAUGUGCAGCACAGGCUUAUGGAUCAUAUUAUGAAUUUGUAAUUAAUGGGAAGAUUAAUUCAGCUAUCUUCCAGCUUUAAGUGCACAACUGUUGCCUAGGCUGAAGCAAUGAUUAAUAAUUGGACUCUCAAACCUACAUAUUUAUGAUUAGAAAUAUAAAUUUUUAAUUUGGGCUUUGAUCAGAUUUCUAACUUUCAAGCGUUUCGAUGUCAAUACACUUGCCACUUUUUGAAUUACUUGUCAAUGGCAUUGAAGCUUGCUUCAAAGCGAAGUAAGAAAUAAGCUUUUUUUUUGUGUAGAAUAAUUGGACAAUCUUGCAUACCCCUGGUAACAGGACUAUUGUCUGUUCUGGUGUCUCGUACACUUUAGCUAUAGAGAAGAAACUUCAGGUCAAUAGUGUAUUUAGUGUUAAUAAAACAAGUGGUGGUAAAGCCUUAUUUAUAUGUGAAUUUUAUAUGCUACAUUCACAUUUUCUAGCUCAGAACAAAAGAUUGAGAGACUUUUGAUCUGGUGAAUGUUGUGAAUUCCUGGAGUGUUUGUGUACUUGUAAUGUAUGACCUAAAGUAGUGAGUUCCACCCACUUGUCCUAAUGGUUAGUGCAAGAUACUGUCAAUAUCCUCCAGGCUAAUACUCAAUUCUACAGCAGAAGAUAAAUUGAGCAAAAGAACAGAUUUGUAGAUCAACAGUUGCUUUGGAAAAAUCUCUUUCAGAAUGAGAUGUCAGGAUAGUGCCUUUAUAUAGUUUCCUACUACUUUAAAAAUAAAUUCUUCAGGUUUUUAGUGCUACAGAGCUUGCUGCUUAUCUAGCAAAGCACAAUUGCUGUCCGGUUAAUGGUUAGAGGUAUUUACUGAUGAAAGAAAUUAAACUGCAACACCUUUUUUUAAAAUAUCUGGGCCAGAUUGAGGUGAUUAGCGAGUCAUGGUGUAAUUGUGCCAGCAAUUGACUUGAUAAAAAGUUCACCAAUCUGUCGAUCUUUUUUUCCAGCUAAGUUCUUCUGAUUGCUAGUUUUGUAAUUUUUUGAACUUGUUAAAUUCGACCUUGCAGAAUAAGUCAAUGGUAUGCUUCCUAUAUACCAAGAAAAUGAAAAAUUCUAUGAUUGGCUGAUAAUCUUUCUUCUCUUCGAGUCAGUCUUUGCUUUGCAAUAUUGUACUAUUACAUGUGGUUUACAAGUGAAACACCAAAAAUAUUUUAACAGGGCCUGCAUUCUUCCCAAUGCGCAAAUAGAAGUGGAAAAGAAGAGCCUGCCUCUCUCUAAUUAUGCAGGUCAAGUGGCUACUGACAUUGUAGCUGGACAGUCACCUUUUUUUGACUUAAACAUUUUUUGCUUUUUAACCCUUGCCAGCUUUUCCUGUUGUCUUUUUUUCACAUUUGCGAAAUGGCUGUAAGGGGCAUCUGCUCAAGAGAU